AUCCACAAGAAAGUGGCCAGGAUCUUUGUGACCAUGCACUGGUCCGUGGCCUCUUACUCGCACAAGAUGCUCCUGGAGCUCCGGCGCCAUAACUACGUCACCCCCACCAACUACCUGGAGCUAGUCUCGGGCUACAAGAAGCUCCUGGCGGAGAAGCGCAAGGAGCUCUCGGACCAGGCCAACAAGCUGCGCAAUGGGCUCUCCAAGAUCGACGAGACACGCCACAAGGUGGAGGUGAUGUCGCUGGAGCUGGAGGACGCCAAGAAGAAGGUGGCGGAGUUCCAGAAGCAGUGCGAGGAGUACCUGGUCAUCAUUGUGCGGCAGAAGAGAGAGGCCGACGAGCAGCAGAAGACGGUGGGCGCUAACAGCGAGAAGAUCGCCGCAGAGGAGAUCAAGUGCAAGACGCUGGCUGACAACGCCCAGAAGGACCUGGAGGAGGCGCUGCCCGCGCUGGAGGAGGCCAUGAAGGCCCUGGAGUCGCUCAACAAGAAGGACAUGACGGAGAUCAAGUCCUACGGGCGCCCGCCCACGCUGGUGGAGACGGUGAUGCAAGCCGUCAUGAUCCUGCGCGGCAACGAGCCGACCUGGGCCGAAGCCAAGAGGCAGCUGGGCGAGGCCACCUUCAUCAAACAGCUGAUCAACUUCGACAAGGACAACAUCUCGGACAAGGUGCUGAAGAAGAUCAGCGGGUACUGCUCCCAGCCCGACUUCCAGCCCGACAUCAUCGGGCGCGUCUCGCUCGCCGCCAAGUCCCUCUGCAUGUGGGUGCGCGCCAUGGAG